UAAUUCGUUUUUGUUUGCAGGCAAAGAACUCUUCACUGAUGCCUGGAGCUUUGAGCCGGUUGGAGCCGGCAAAACCUUACUUAGAUUGAAAGGAAAAAUAGUGAACGAAGUACCAAGUCCCAUUGACGAGGGACUGAUCGGCGGAAACAAAUCUGCAGAAGACGACGAACCAGCAGCCACCGAGGACCCAGUUAGGACCCUUAAGAUGCCUCACCUGGCAGAAGCCGCCCAGCCAUACGCCUUGAAAGAUUACCAGUUAUGGCUGAGAAGUUACGUUGGUCGGUUGGUAAAUAGGAAAAAGGAAGAGAUUGCAGCCCUGAGGAAUAACGGCGACGGUGAAGAAGCGGACAAGAUGGGGGCAGAGUUGGAAAUCUUUAAGGAUAACAUCACCUCGGAUAUCAAAGAAGUCAUAAUCUCUUCAUUCGAAGAGAAAGAUUUUAGAUUCUAUACUGCCGAUGAAGAUGAGUAUGAAGUUGAAGGGAUGCUCGUCCCCAUGACCUGCCCCAAAGAUGACCCGGACGUAAUAUUUCUCUACUUCAUACAAGAUGGUUUGGUGACCGAAACGUGUUAGGUCAUUCAUUGGAUGCAAUUCGAGUUGACAAUAAUAAUAAUAAUAAAUGCAUAGCGCAUAAUAUUCGACGGAAUCUCUAUGCGCUUGUACAAAAGAGGUAAUUAAGUCUAAUACAGGUAUACUGAGAAUAAAAUACAAAAAUACUAAAUGAAUAAUUAACAAAACAUUGUAACAUACAUGGUGCUUUUCCUAUAUAAAAAUAAUCUAACAUAUGAGAACGAGUAUGUUUUUUAAAGAUUUGAGAAAGGUUGAAGUACAUGUGAUGGCCCUCAGAUUAUUAGGCAGUUUAUUUCCACAGUACAGGUGCUGCUGACUGAAAGGCACGAUCACCAAACUGACAAUAGACGUUGUUAAAAAUGGCUAGAAGAGCGGAGAUAUCUUUGUGGGACAUAUUCAGUAAUCAGAUA